AUGUUCUCAGUACCCGGCUGGAACGUUGCCGCGCAGGUUAAGACUCAGGUCGAAGCGCCAAAGCCAAAAGAAUCAAAACCGGGAAAAAAGGCGCAGAAGCGGAAAGAAAAGCGAGAGGAGCAACAGGUGAAUGCAGAUAAUUUAGCAGAGCAAUGGGAAAGCAUCGCGAGUGGCAAGGGUAGUGAGGUGGUGAAGACACAGAAGGCUGAGGCGAAGGAUGUAGAAUUCACAGAUGAGGCGGCGCAAGAGAAGCGCGGAAAGAAGAGGAAGAGAGGGAAGGCUGGCGGUAACAAAGACAAGAGGCAGGGAGAAGACGGCGCAAAAGAUUCAGAGACAGAGGAUGCGACGGCAGCAGAUGAUACAAAGGCUAGCCCUGCGAAGCCUGCCACAGACAAACCUACAACCGCCGAUGCUGAAUCCAAACGCGACAAGAAGAAGCGCAAGAAGGAGUCCAAGGCAGAUAAACUACUGGCUGCAAAUGCGAAUGAUACGGCCUCUACCCCCGCAGCUCCAACCCUCGAGAAUCUCCUUCCCGAACCAAAGGGCCUAACUCCCCUCCAACGCUCAAUGCGUAGCAAGCUUGCCAGCGCCCGCUUCCGCCACCUAAACGAAGCGCUUUAUACCAAGCCCUCCGCUGACAGCGCUUCUCUCUUCAAGGAAGACCCCUCCAUGUUCGAAGACUACCACCGCGGUUUUGCGCAGCAAGUCGAAGUCUGGCCAUCAAACCCUGUAGACAGCUAUGUCAACAGCAUACUAGUACGCAGCAAGCUACGGCCCAAGGACCAGCGAAGAGACCGAAGAGGACCACCCAAGAACGCCGUUCGCCGAGGUCCUGGUUUCGAAGAAGAGGAAACCACCACUAUCGCACCUCCCCGCGGCGACGCGAAACCCCUCCCCCGAGACCUUAAAGGCCACAGCACAAUCGCCGACUUGGGCUGCGGCACAGCCUCCCUCUCCUACCGCCUCCAACCCCACCUCCAAUCUCUAAACCUCACAUUCCACUCCUUCGACCUCUCGCAGCCUACGGGCCCCUCCAAAAACCUCGUCACCGUCGCAGAUAUCAAGGCGCUUCCGCUCCCCGAUAACUCGGUCGACGUAGCCAUCUUCUGCCUCGCCCUCAUGGGCACAAACUGGCUCGACUUCAUCGACGAAGCAUACCGCAUCCUGCGCUGGAAAGGCGAAUUGUGGGUUUCGGAAAUCAAGUCGCGGUUCGGUCGCGUCGAUAAGAAAAAGGGCGGUGUUCCUAUAAACUCAAUCGGCUCGCUGAAGAAGAAUGUAGAUAAGAAACUACUGAAACCGACGAAGAAACAAAAAGCGGAUAAGGCGCCUGCUGAAGGGCCGGAGGACUCGGAGGACGAGGCGGAGCUUGCGGUUGUGGUUGAUGGGCAAGAGGGAAAGGACGGCACGGAUGUAUCUGCUUUCAUCGACGUCCUGCGUAAGCGUGGCUUUGUGCUGGAUGCGUUGCCAGAGAGGCCCGGUGAUGCGAUUGAUCUGAGCAACAAGAUGUUUGUCAAGAUGCAAUUUGUCAAGGCUGCGCAUCCUAGCAAGGGCAAGAACGCAAGGGAUGAUCAGAAAGCUGGUGCAGUGGCGCAGAGAGGCGGAGGGAUGAAGUUUGGGCUCAAGGGAAAGAGGAUGAGUGCUGUUGCUGACGAAGAAGAAGGGGAUGAAAAAGAAAAAGCUGUGUUGAAGCCAUGUCUGUAUAAAAUUAGGUAG